AUGCCCAUAAAGGUAGUCGUUGUUGGUGCCGGUCUCGCCGGCCUGGGUGCUGCAAUUUCGUUGAGCCGUGCAGGCCAUCAGGUCCAGGUUAUUGAGCAGUCGGGUUUUCUGAACGAAGUCGGCGCUGCCAUCCAUGUGGCGCCCAAUGCCACCCGAAUUUUGAAGGCCUGGGGAUGUGAUUUGGAAAGUUUACAUCCCGUCCACUGCAACAAGUUACAAGUGUGGGAUGCCUCAGGGAAUCUUAUGUGGACCCCAAUUGUGACAAAAGAGCGCCAGAUGGCCCUGAAUACGAUGGAUGAAUGGUUGUUGACCCAUCGAGUUGACCUGCAUAAUGCCCUGCGCGCCACAGCCACCAAUGAGGUUAAUGGCCGCAAAAUCAACAUCCGCCUCUCUUCGCGUGUAUUAUCGGUGUCCCGCACCGUUCAGGCCAUCGUCGGGGAAAACAAAGGACGCCAGAGCACCGGUCAAAACUGCUUUCGUUUCUUGGUGCCCAUGGAAAGGAUACAGGCCAAUCCAUUAACUGCCGCGCUUAUGGAAAAGACGGGCAUCGACGGAGUGCAUGCCUUCGUAGCGCAUGACCGACGCAUCGUGGUUUAUCCCUGUCGGGGUGGCCAGUUGCUGAACGUGGCGGGCAUUCACCCUGCCAGAAAAGAGACGAACGCCAGAGAUUCAUCGUGGCUUGAUGGGGGCAGCUUGAGUCAGCUGAUUGAAACCUAUCAGGACUUUGGCGAAGAGCUUCAGGAGAUGUGUCGUCUCGCGGAGGACCUGAAGCUGUGGAGCCUGGCUUCGCGCAGUCCAGCUCCCACGUUUGUGAGAGGCAAGUUGGCUCUAAUCGGCGAUGCGGCGCAUCCCAUGUUACCUCACCAAGGACAAGGCGCUGCUCAAGCAUUUGAAGAUGCGGCGGCACUUGGUGGAGUUAUGACAGAGGACAUGGCCAUAGGGCAGAUCCCGCAGCGCCUUGAAUUGUACAACAAGAUCCGGUAUAAGCACGCGGUGACCGUGAUGAUGAUGUCCAAAACGCACGAUGAACGACGGGCGGAGAUGCUGGAAGAGCUCCGCACCUACGUGGCCGAUGCGGAGGUCCCUAAGGAUAUGUUCGCCUUCACUUGGCCGUCAGAUCCAAUUGGGGAUGCACAUAAACUGGUACAGGAAGCCCAGAUAUAG